AUGAGCUCUUCUACCAGCCAUCACAUUCCCACAACUUCCUCCGAUCUACCCUCCCAGCAGACAGCGACUGCCCCGCACCUCGACCCAAACGCGCAACUGUCCAACAACGGAUAUGCACCCAACGACAACCAGCUCGCGGGAUUGGUCGAGGCAGCCACAGCCGCCGCAGACCAAGAUGUUUCGCAAUGGGCCGCCGCCGCUGCAGUCGCUGCAGCAGCUGGUGCAGCCGGUCAUCACCACCAGAUGGAUUCCUACACAGAUAUCGAUCUCUCUGAGAACGGGUUCGGCGACGCGAACUUCGGAACUGGCAUGAGCAGUGGAAGACAUAUGAGAGUACCCAAUCACAACGACCAGUCCCAAUCAUCGGGGCUCACGCGAACGGCAACAAAAAAGCGCAAGCGAAAUGAUGAUAACCUCGACCCGGCAUUGGCUGGCGCGGGUCUCUCUACCGCGCAGCACCAGUCGCAUUCCACACAGCAAACCCCCCCAUGGCUAUACCGGAGAAGCAAUAAGAAGUACACUCGGCCUCCGAUUUCGAAAAUGUUUUCGUCCCUUGAGAUCUCACCAGAGAAUUUCUUGCAUCUCCAGGCUGCUGCUAAGAAUUACAUGUUGAACGAUGAACACCCUGAGAGGCGGGAUUGCGUCGGUCAGCGUGGAAAGGGCGAUACGGAAAUGGUCAAGCUUCGCCUUUGGAACUGUGUUCGUCAGUUCCUCGAAGCGGAGGGCAAUGGUGAACGGUUUUUCGGAGAGAAUGUCGUUAAUGAGGGCAUGGGCCCGAGAGCUUACAUCUGGCCGCGCGACCAACACAAAAUCAUCUCAUUGGUCAUUCCUUUGCUCAGGCGGAUGGUCACCAACGAGAGGCAACGCCAAUACGCAAUUGAGACGCGCAAAGGGGGUGGUGCUGAAGAACGUCGCCGUCGCAAAACGGAAGAUUUCUCGAAUCUGAACAGCCCGCGCUUCUCUCCAGAGCAGCAUCUCCAAAUGCAAAAUCAGUCGUCCCAUCGCGAUGACCUGUCGCAGUCAAUGCCUCCUCCCCCACAGCCGAUGCAGCAAUCCACAAUGGAUUCGGGCCAGUCCGUGGGCCUCGGUCUGACAGACCUCUUGCUAGACGGAUACACAGUCGACUGGGAAGAGAUCGCCCGAUGCUAUGAUUCAUAUAACCAAAGCUACGAGCUCGAUAACCUAUGGUCUCUCUCCGGUCUUCAGCAACCCGAUUGGCGGGGGCUCGUCGCCGCAGUCGACAGCCAUUACCACGUUAUUCACAAUGGAGAUUACGACUGCACAUCCGUUUGCGAAAACGCAAACAUCAACCGCAUCAUCCACGCAGACACCACCUCAGGUCUUCAAUGGCGCAUUGGUGGAACCCGCAACCUCCCAGCCCGAGACGAAUUCGCAAGCAGUAUCACCCGCGACGUAUCUCGCAUUAUUCGCGAGAACAUCGCCGCUCGACACGGCCAGCCUACUCAAAACCCUGACUCUCACUUCCAACAACCCUUCACUCCUCUCCCUGAAACAACGCCGGCCAACACAACCACCCUUUCUCACAGCCAAGGCCAGACCUCCCUCCGCGUCAAUGUUCUACAAAACGGAAAACGCAUCCUCCCCAGAUUCGAUCUGCCGGCAGGACAGUGUCCCAACAUCGACACGGUCAAGCAAGCAAUUCUCCGUCGAUACCCCGGCCAAAUACCCGGCUUGCCAGCGUUCCAGGGCGCUGGGCAUGAAGCUCGCGAAUCCGCUGUUGUGGAUGGGUGGAAAGUCAAGGUCUGGUUAUCGGACGGAUUACUACCUGUACAGAGCCAGAAAGAUUGGACUAUUGCGAUUCUUUCAGCUGAUGCUGUUGACUGGAUGGAUGGGGAGUUAAAGGUUCUCAUUGAAAUUGGCGAAGGCGAUGGACAGUAG